AUGGCUACUAAGGAGGCUGUUUUCGACGAGCUCGCGAGCCGGUUCAAGCUCGAGGGCCAGGUGAAGGAGCAGAUCCUCAAGGUUGGCAUCACCACCUUGUCCCAUUUCAGGUGCUUUGUGAAGGACGAUGAUGAGUUGCUGGCUAUGUUUUUCACGCCAGUGGCCUGGAAUGCGGUACGCCAAGCUGAGCAGCAGCGUGAGGGCAACGGUACUCAUGUCAGUGUCAGUUUGGAUGAGGAGGCUAGCCCCAGUGACCAGUGGAUUACAAAGGAUUAUGCCGACAUGGCCACGGGCUGUCGCACCUACCUCACGCAGCUCUCUCCCUGUCGGCACAGCCAUUUCUCCCACAGUACACCGGUCACUUGCUGGGAAAACUCCUUCCAAGUCGGACGGGGUGGCGCUCCCGAACAGACCGUCUACGCCUAUUCCCAGUGGUUGUUCCGUUCCCCGGUUGCCAGCAGAGUGCCGGAGCUUUGCAACAAGAAGUUGGCCUGCGAUUGUGGUCUGGCGGAUGCAUGCCAUGGGGACGUGUUGGUGGCCGCCUUCGCCCUCCCCGAGCGCAAGAUCAAAUUCGCCUUCGCAUCGGGCUGCUAUCCAACAUCAGUGGUUUAUCCCAUCUCCCAGGCAUCGAUCAUAGCCACAGUUCACAACAUUGCGCUUGGGCCCGGUGUUGCCCGGGUCCGCUGGCCGUACCUCGAGGAUCUCGUCAACUCGCCUGUGUUGCAGGCCUUGUACAUCGGCUCAAGUCUCAAGCGACAUCAGUUACGUUGCCCCUUGGACUGGGAUGCUGUCGUCGAGUCCGACAUCAACUUGAAGAUGGCCGAGGGACUGAGCACUUUCAGUUACAUCAGGGAGGAUGCCAUGGCUUUUCUCCGGGAACUGGCGCGGCGUCUGCAGGAUACGUCCGACCAGCUUCGCGAGUUACAACACCCUGAGGUGCGCAAGGUCAAUCCCAAAGUCCACCUUGCCCUCUUCGCGGUGCUCGUAGCCAGCAUGUCCUGGCCUGACACAUCCUUUUGCCGAGGCCUUAUGCAAGGAUUCCCUGCUGUCGGACAGGAGUUGCUGUCCCUGCGUACCCCUUUUCGGCUCAUUCGACGAUUCGUCAUCACUCAGUCCUCAGGACUUAACCUCGAGUCUUGGCCUGACAGCGUCUCCUGGUUUGGAGAGGACCGGCCUCACGCGUAUCGGAAGAUUCCGAUGCGACUGUUGUUCCUGCCGUUGUCCUGUUACUUCGACGAUGUGACGCGCCAGGACGUCUCUUCAAUUGCACAGCGCAGCCAGGAACAGGUUGAGGAACUCUUCCGCAUGUUCGGUUACCCUUUCGCGGAGGCGAAGCGUCAGUUGCCGCAGACCAGCGGCGAUUUUCUCGGCCGGAUACACGAUCUGUCUCAGCUACAGACAAAAGGGCACAUCAAAGUCUGGGUUCGGCAACGCCUUGUUGACAAAGUUCAGGACAUGAUUGGCAACGCCCGAGCUACUGGCCUCCUCAGACCCGGCACCGCUUCUCAGCUUUUCGGGCGUCUUGCUUUUCUAGACUACGGCGCCUUCGGCCGCAUUGCCCGGGCCGGUCUCAACCCUUUGAAAGAUCGGCAGUAUGCCAAGAAUGAGUCACGACUCACAGCCGAGCUAGAGAUGGCAUUCGAUACCAUCGAAGCAGCGCUGGCCCUUCAUCCAUCCCGAGAGGUCCCAGUCCUCCCCUCAACCGCCUUCGAGUUGUGGCAGCGAGUGACGCAGCCCAGGAAGGGCACAGAGAAGGUUCAGGUGGGCUCCCCAGAAGUCUUUUGCCUUUCGGACCAAGACGAGACCUAA